UUCUAUAAAAGCAAGCCUACAAUAGCCAAACCUUGCUUUAAACAUUUUAGAGAGAGAGAGAGAGAGAGAAUAUAUGGCUUCAACGCUGCGAAAGAGGAUAGCAUUGCGCAGAAAGAUUCAAAUCCUGCGAGCCCAUACAAUCUCCAAAUCUCUGAAACUCAAACUGGAGGCAUUCAAAAGAGAGUACUCGAACCUCAUGGCUAUCAAAAGAGAAUACCUAAAGCUAAUGAACCAAAUGAAGAUGCCUAAUAAGAAUGUUGAAGUGAAGAAGGUAGGGCAGGGAUUUCUUGUAAGGGUGAACUGUGAGAAAGGAACAGAUAGGCUGGUUACAAUCUUAGAGGCCUUUGAUAAGAUGGGUCUUAAUGUUCUGCAAGCUAGAGUUUCAUGCAGCAAUGUUUUUGCACUGGAAGCCAUUGCUGCAGCACAAGACCAAGCUCUGGAUGUAAAAGAAGUAACUAAAGCUCUUCUAAGGACUAUUGAAAAGAAAGAAGGAGAGGCCACACUAUAUUGAAGAAGCUUGGAAACUCCUGUAGCUGAUAACUUCAAGUAAUAUGUUCGUUGAACAUAGUAAUUGUAUCUCGAUCACUAUCCGUCUUUUUGUGAUUUGAAAAAUUGUCUCUCGAAUUGGAAAUUUAUAAAGUAAAACUAGAAGUUUGCA